GGGAGUUACUAGAAAGUUUAGACGGGCCGGACUUAAGUUUUUCUGUGGACAUAUGGAGACGAUUUCCACGGUGCAUCUGAAAGAAAGAAAACCGGUCUCAAAAACGUCUUUUACCUAAAUGUGUGUCUUCAAAUCAUUAACCUAAAAGUAACUAGACUGAAGGAUUUUAUCUGCACUGGUUAGAAUUCAAGAUUGGAGAUUAGUUUUGCGCCCAAGGGAUAAUUUUUGGAAGCAGGACUUUACAUUUGACUUUGCCAGACGCACGGACAUGGGCACCGGUACAAGCCGAGGGAAGAAAGUAGCACCUGUGUGCGUAAGCGAAGUGAACGUGACCAAAACAGCUUCCAAAGUCGCUUCAUCCAAACAGGACAGCAAUUCAUUCAAGCCUCUGAAGAUACAAUCAGUUUUGCGCAACGCGCGUAUCCGCGCGCAGCCAGAAUGCCACAGCGAAGGGCACGACUCUGAGCUUUCUGGGGAGGACGAUGAUAUUCAUGGAGAACUAGACACAGUUCUGGCAGAUUAUGAGGAAAGAGAGAAAGCAUCUGUUAAGAAAACUUCGCAAAAGAAGACUUUUAUCAAAUCUAAAACGUACGGACUGUGCCACUUAAACCAAGAGGACACCGAGGGCGACGACAGCUCUGCUUCUCGGCUCAGAGCUGAGGAGCCACGUGUCUUUCACUGUGUGCCAAAGGAUGUAAACAAGAGAAGUAAUUCUGCCUUCACGCGCUUAAGACAACACACCAUUCAGAGCUCAAAUCAGCACGAAUCCUUCUCCUUGACAAGAGGGACUUCGUUGGAAGUUGUUCCCACUUCCGAAAAACAAGCGUCCUCUCUCACCAUGCCAGUCAUCCUGUAUGAUGGAUCAGAAGAGGAACUGAUGGACACAAUUGAGAGAGAGUUUAGUUGACCUUUAAUUCUCCAACCAAACAAAUGCUCUUUCCUGUUGUCACAUGGGAUACAAUUUGUAAAGGAUUUUUUUCUUAAAGGCUGUUUUGACUAAAUUCAUCUACCAAAGAACACUGCAUGAUUUUACAUUGGGUUGCCCAUUUGUACAUCAACAUUGUUUGGAUUCAACAGGUCACCCUUGACUAAGUGUUAUUUAACAACAUAAAGCUGUGUAACUGCAGCCAUAUAAGAGAAACAGAUGCCAGAAGGUUCUCCCUGUGCUAACCAGGGGUGUUAACUGACGUCGGCCUCCUUGGUUUGUUAUCUGCACCAGCAGGGUGUCAAGUCAUCCCAUCCCUCUGAGCAUGCACUUAUUUGUUAUCCAUUACUUAAAUGGUUUUAACUGUUAAUGAUUAAAUGAAGCAUUCUAUGACUGCUUAUGUUCAGUUUUACAUGGUUGUGCAGAGGAGCUCCAUUCUGGCUUUUUGGCGGGGUUUUAUGUAAACACUUCUUCAGUACAGAGCGGUGCUUAAAACUGUCAUGCAUGGCAACCCUGCAAAUGUAUGAGUGGGGAAUGUUUAUUCAAGGUUUCCUUCUUGAUCAUAGUUCCUGCACUUUUCCAGACUUAUGAAAGAAAAUUGUGGCACCAGAGAGACUUUCAGUCAAACAUUCAGUCAGUUUGCCCAGCUGCAUUUCUGCUGACAGGCUUCAGCCAUAUUUAAACAUAAAAAAUAAAGGCUUUCUGCCACUUAGUGGUAGAGCAGUGAUAGAACAUGAGCGUGAUACUGAAUGUGUCACAUUUUUACACAUUUUUGUGCUACAAAUUAAACAUAUUCUGAUAAAAAAAUAUAUAUCAGGCUAUGUGUGUGUUUAACCUUUUUUUCUCCACAAAAUCCCUCUGUUGAGUAAUGUAGUGGUCUAAAAAUCAACACAAGAGGAAAACCUUUUAAUAGCUUAUUUAUUAAUCACAGCUAUUGAAUGGACAGUUGAGUGCUUUGGCAAGAACUGUAUAAAAUAAUAGAUAUCUUAAAAGAAUAAAAUAAAACAUAAAAUAUUCCUCCCAAAGU